GGGGGGGCGCUACCCUAGUGACUCAAGGCGCUUGCGGCUGGGCGCAGAACGCCAGUCUCUCUCUGCAACGCCGCGUGUGACUGCUCCGCAGCAGAGGUGGGUGCCUGCCGCUGCCUUCGCCCCGCCGCUACCGCUAACACCACCGCCACAAUGCCCAACUUCGCCGGUACCUGGAAGAUGCGCAGCAGCGAGAAUUUCGACGAGCUCCUCAAGGCGCUGGGUGUGAACGCCAUGCUGAGGAAGGUGGCAGUGGCGGCUGCGUCCAAGCCGCACGUGGAGAUCCGCCAGGACGGGGAUCAAUUCUACAUCAAGACAUCCACUACCGUGCGCACCACGGAGAUAAACUUCAAGGUCGGAGAGGACUUCGAGGAGGAGACAGUGGAUGGACGCAAAUGCAGGAGUUUACCCACUUGGGAGAAUGAGAACAAGAUUCACUGCACACAGACUCUUCUUGAGGGGAAUGGCCCCAAAACUUACUGGACCCGAGAGCUGGCCAACGAUGAGCUAAUCCUGACAUUUGGCGCCGAUGAUGUGGUGUGCACAAGAAUUUAUGUCCGGGAGUAAAGGUGGCCAGCUUGUUCUUGCGUUCAUGACAGGAUGCAAGUUCCCCUGAGGAGUAUGCCGUGGUCCCACACUGCCAGUGGGUCUUUUCUCCACUCACCUCUCCCCCGUGAAUAUUAGGCAACCCCAUUUCCCCUAUGACAAUGUUGUAGUGCCCUACCCUCAGGCCCCGUUGCCUUGUGCAUCCCUGGUUUGGCAUUUGCAUGAUUGUACCAGUCAUUAAACUGGUUGGACACACA